AUGUGUAUCCAGCUAUGGCGCAGAUAUAUCUGCCCCAGAGCCAGAAACCCUCAACCGCUGCAACAGCCAGCUGCUGGCUGGAGAGCCACGCAUCCCAGACCAAAGCCUGGCGUGUUCGAUCAUCAUCUGGUGUUCCAAGAGGACAACAUCUUCAGGGAAAACGUGCACGACCCCAACGACAGAAUCCAGGAUGACAUGCAGAUCCACUGGAUCAAGAACAUCAUCCGCUGCGCCCACCCGCACUACAUCCAAUGCCACAACCUCGCCGAGCCGAUCGGGAAGAUCCAGUACAUCAACGGCUCCUGCCCGUCCUGCACCGGCAGCAUCGACGUCCACGUCGAACAGCACACCCACGUCCUGCAGGAGUGGGACGUACACCCGAGGAUCCCCAAGGUGGGCGAGGAGGACAUGGACAUAAGGUUCAACAUGAUGUUCGAGGGUUACAAGGAGUACUACCUCCUCGAGCUCAUGAAGCUUAUCAUGUCGGUCCUCAAGAAGCCUUAUCCCAUCAACCACAUCCAGGGAGCCCAAUGGCAGGCAAUGAUCGAGAAUUGCUGGCCAGAGACCUUUUGCAAGGUAAAACACAGUCACCUCGGGGACGCCAUAGACAGAUGCGAGUGCAUACAGACCAAGGAGGAGUGGCGCGUCAACAUGUCGACUUCGAUGCGCAAGAACGAAGCGAAUGCCGUGCUGAGCAGGGGCGACCUGAACGCCGCUGGCAGCCUCGACCAGUACUAUGCCGACGUAUUCUGGGCGCCGUCAGCUAGUAAUCCAACUGUCCUGAAGCAAUACUGGCAAACAACGGCAAGGGCGGAUGCUCUCUACCAGGACUUCCCCCCGGUCGACUUCCCCGACUAUCAAAUGGCUUUUGUCAAUAUCCACAGUAUCGUCUACGCUCACCGCUACGCCAGGCUCCAGAAGCUUUCAUCCGACUGCCGCAGAGCGCUCUCGGAGAGGGGCGCGCAUCGGUCACAGAGAUACCCGGAUCCGCAAAGCUACACCAGGAGGCACAUCCGGUGGUUCGGCAUAGACGACUGGGACGCCAGCCUCGGCCGCCGCCACGUCUUCCUCGACUGGAUCUACCGCUUCCUCGCCCUCGACGCGGGCCUCGACGAGGAGCUGAUGAUGUACCUCGCCGGCGGCCUCCUCGCCGUCCUGAACCCCUGGCCGGACGUGUGGUGGAAGCCGCUGCCGUCGCACCCGGAGCCCGAGGUCCUCGACACGGAGCUGGCGGCCUACGACCUCAUCCAGGAGAGCGUGUACGAGCUCGAGUACCACUGGCCGCUGGACGGCAACAAGUACACCGCGCACAACCUCAUCGCCUCCCUGGACUCCGCGUCCAAAUUGUACAACGUGAUCGACCGCAACCGCAAGAUCGUGAUAGCGGACGCCGCGGCGCGUAACAGCGCCGCCGACAACGGGCUCCUGAGGGCGCAGGGAGACGCGCGGGUCGCCGAGCAGAACGGCGACGUCAAGUGUGUGAUGUGUCUCGACCCGUGGGACGCCACGCCGAACCACGAGCCCGUCAGGAUGCAGUGCUGCGGUAAUCCCGUCGGGAAGCGGUGCGUGAAGGAGUUGUUGGCCAAGAUGCCGAUCCGGACGGCGGGUCGGGAGGCGGAGAACCGGAACACGUGGGCGAUCGGCUGGAGGUGUCCGAUUUGCCGUGGUGAUCUGGGGGCGCAGUUCAAGCCUCUGAUUACGUAUCUUCACGGUCCGGUUGAUGUUGAAAUGCCUGGGUUGCACGAGAGGAUGGAGAGUCGCCCACAGCAUCCGAGUUACUGGACCACGCGCCACAGGGAGCGGAAUCGGCUUAAUGGUGGUAGGAGCUGA